AAUUACUAUAGCGCUUGUUUCGUUCGUUCGUGGUUCGUGUUGAUUAUUCGGUUGAUCGUUGUCGCGAGCUUGGUUGCUCUGCGUGGUUUGAUACGCUGUGAUCCCGUUUUGAAAUGCCUAAAGCCAUGCAGCUGCGCGACCCUUCGCUUCCCCGCGGUGACGUAAAAACAUCCUCGUGAUGGGAUCCCAUUAUCGGUCUCCAGCAGAAAUCGCUGGCGAUUGCCCAUCCGUUGCUCCUGGAGCACCCGCUGUUCUGAAAACGAAACUAAGGUCGGGCGUGCGCGUUGGGUGAACGCGAACAUGGGCAGCGGUGCAGUGGCCGUUAACCCGUUGACCCACGACUCCCACACGGCGUGGAAUCGGCUCAAGACGACCCAGACGGUGCGCACCGUGGCUCCACUUUCACUGGACACGCCGAUCAAGGAUGACGCCGUGCGUUUUGUGUGCAUCUCGGACACGCACAGUGCGAUCCAGCGCAUGCAAUACCCGAUACCUGACGGUGACGUACUGCUCCACGCCGGCGAUUUUACGAAGAAGGGAUCGCCCCACGAAGUGGGCGCGUUUAGCGCGUUUCUGGCUACCCUUCCACACAGGCACAAGUUCGUCAUAGCGGGAAACCACGAGCUGUCCUUUGACCCUGCCACUACUUGGUAUACGAAAUCUCGUGAACAAGCUGUGCUCGAAGACGCUGUGGCCCGUGUCAAGCGGCAACUAGUCAACUGCACCUACCUGGAGGAUGCCGAGGCCACUGUCUAUGGCCUCAAGGUCUAUGGCUCUCCCUGGCAGCCGCGGUUCAACAACUGGGCCUUCAACCUUCAGCGGGGGCAGGCGCUGCUUGAAAAAUGGAACUGCAUCCCGACUGACACGGACGUGCUCAUGACACACACUCCCCCGGUCGGCCAUGGCGAUUUUUGUGUCCGGAACCGUCACGUGGGUUGCGUCGAGCUUCUGAAUGUUGUGCAAAACCGGGUGCGGCCGCGCUACCAUGUCUUUGGUCACAUCCACGAGGGCCACGGUACGACAACUGAUGGCGAGACGGUGUUUGUGAAUGCGGCCAUCUGUGAUGUUCACUACAGGCCAGUCAACGCACCAAUCAUCUUUGAUGUCCCACUACCAGAAGGUGCCUCUAAAGUUGCUGAUUGAACUGCCUGACGGUUCGAAGAAACAUGUCACCAGAUGUUCCUAUCUCACGUGUUUCUGCUGGUUACUUUGCGUGCUGGCGAGGCAAUGUUGUAGUGUUAUUGCUGAAGAUCAUAUUCAAUAUUUUUGUGAUCCUGGUUA